AUGGCAGAAUGUGAAAUUAGGCGAUGGGGGCAAAGUCAUUCUUUACUGACUUCAACGAUUGACGUUCUUCUAGAAGGAGGCUAUGACAGUAUUCCUGCUUUACAAGCAAUGGUAAAAGAAGACGUAGAUGCAUUAGAUAUAAAAUCUGGGCAACACCAACUUCUUCAACAUGCAUUGAAUAAACUAACUAAAGAUGAAGGACCAUAUUCUGGAACUAUAUCCCCGACAUGGAAUGAAAAAACUAAGAUAUUUCAUGCACAUAACCUGGAACUAACCGCGGUGCCAGAGGAACUUUUGACAAUAUAUCCAGCAUGCACGCAAAGUACUAUUACAGACAAACAAAUUGUCCACUUUGCCAAAUACUAUUGGAAUUUAUUACCUGACAGCAUUGGCGAUCUACAACAACUCUCUACCUUUGAUGUGCAUAAUAAUAGAUUGAAAUCUUUACCUGAUAGCAUCGGCAAUCUGUUCCAACUUAGUUAUUUGGAUGUGCAUAAUAAUAUAUUGGAAUCAUUACCUGAUAGCAUCGGCAAUCUUCCCCAACUUACUUACUCUUUGCCUGACAACAUCGGCGAUGUACACCAACUUUCUACCUUGAAUGCAAGCACUAAUAGCUUUCAGUCUUUACCUGACAGCAUCGGCAAUGUACACCAACUUACUACCUUGAAUAUAAGCACUAAUAGAUUGGAGUCUUUACCUGAUAGCAUAUGUAAUAUACAGCGUCUGACAAACUUGGAUGUGGGGCAUAAUUCAUUGAAGUCAUUACCUGAUAAGAUCGGUAAUCUACAUCAUUUAAAACGCUUGGUUUUGCCAAAUAAUAAAUUUAAAUCCUUUCCUAGCGGGGUUAGUAAUCUACAGCAGCUCGUUCAACUAUCCGUGUUUAAUAACGCAAUACUGGAGUUACCUGAUAGCCUCGGGAAUCUGAAAGAGCUUAAAUUAUUAGAAGUGGGCAAUUGUAAAUUAAAGAGUUUGCCUGAAACCAUUGGUGAACUACAUAAUUUGACAACGUUAGAUGUGCAAAGUAACGAACUCGAACAAUUACCAGAUAGUAUUGGAAAACUGCUGCAGCUCAGGUCAUUACGUGCGGACCGUAAUCAACUGUCAUCAUUACCUGCUUCCAUUAGCAAUCUAAUAAAUCUAGAGCAAUUAUAUCUUGAAAACAAUAAACUGAUAUCAAUGCCCAAUGUCAGAAAUCUGAAGCAAUUACGUUUUUUCAAGUUUAAUGGAAAUCAUCUACAGUCACUGCCAAAUGGUAUUAGUCAAUUACGUCAACUAACUUCGCUUCAGUUUGAUGACAUCGGUGAUAUAGGUGCUGUGAAUAUUAGCCACAGUGAGAACGAGGUUGCUAAACUAUUCAACAAACUAUUCGGGUAUCACUACGACCAAUGA